ACUGACAUUUUCUGGUUGGUGUUUUUAUUGACUAGUUAGUAUUUCACGUUUUUGUGUCAAUGUUGCCCCCUUUUGGUGUGGCUUGAUGGAUGAUGGUGGAUGCAUCUAUGCAAGUUAUUGAUAAAAAUUUCGACUUCUUUUGUUAAAUUAUUAGUUUUUGCAGUGUGGUUUUUAUUAAUGGUUGGUACGGGACUCAUUGCUGUGUUGGUUGUGGUGAGGGGAUACCAAACACUGUUUUCUUCGGGUUCUGCUAGCAAUUAGUCUCACAUAUAUUGUCUACGUACUAUUUGCAUUGUGAUUAUUAUUUGCCAGGAGAAGAAACUUGUUCGUCCCUGAAAGUGUAAUGCAUUGCUAGUUACAUGGACCAGUACGAAGUGCUUGAGCAAAUUGGAAGGGGAGCCUUUGGUGCUGCCCUUCUUGUACGGCAUAAACAUGAAAGAAAAAAGUAUGUGUUGAAAAAGAUACGGCUUGCCCGCCAAACUGAUAGAACACGUAGGUCUGCACAUCAGGAGAUGGAACUUAUUUCUAAAAUGCGAAAUCCCUUUAUUGUGGAGUAUAAAGAUUCUUGGGUAGAAAAGGGAUGCUAUGUGUGCAUUAUUAUAGGCUAUUGUGAAGGUGGCGACAUGGCAGGAGCCAUUAAAAAAGCCAACGGGAUGCUGUUUUCCGAAGAGAAACUCUGUAAGUGGCUUGUACAACUUCUGAUGGCACUCGACUACUUACACUUGAAUCAUGUUCUUCACCGUGAUGUAAAGUGUUCAAAUAUAUUCCUAACAAAAGAUCACGAUAUACGUCUUGGUGAUUUUGGACUCGCCAAGAUGUUAACUUCAGAUGACCUUGCCUCAUCUGUGGUAGGAACACCUAGUUAUAUGUGCCCUGAGCUUCUUGCAGAUAUACCAUAUGGUUCAAAAUCAGAUAUUUGGUCUCUUGGGUGCUGUAUAUAUGAAAUGACUUCUCAUAAAGCCGCAUUUAAGGCUUUUGAUAUGCAAGCACUUAUAAACAAGAUUAAUAAGUCAAUUGUGGCACCGCUUCCAACCAAAUACACUGGUGCCUUUCGGGGUCUCGUGAAAAGCAUGCUGAGGAAAAAUCCGGAACUGCGUCCAAGUGCAGCUGAGUUACUCAGGCAUCCACAUCUUCAGCCUUAUGUAUUAAAAGUCAACCUUAAACUAAAUAGCCCCAAGCGUGACAGUAUAUCGAACCACUGGGCCGAAUCUGAUUACAUGAAGAAAACAAGAUUUGCUGAGCCAGUUUAUCUUCGUCCUAAAUCAAGGGACAGGCGGUUAUCGUAUGGAAAUGAUAGAACUUUGAAUCCAAGCAUAUCUUUAGGUGACCAAGAUUCUCCAUAUUCAACUAAACGAGUUCAAGAUUCACCUCAUUACAUGCAGCGAAGAAUGGAACGGAUGUCUAUCGGAAGCACAUGUGAAGAGUCUCCAGUUAAUAAGAAUAUUACUACCAAGAACCUUAGGUUUACUUCACCAAAGACUUCCUUGGCUCCUAAAAAACGAACAGAUCUCUCAAAGGGUCGUGAAAUGGAUUCAGAUUUAAGAACAAUAAAGCAAUCUGGUCCAACAAGUAGAAGGGCGUCUCUGCCACUUCUAAAGAAAGCCAUUACUGAAGAUUCCCCAUAUGGAAAAAGCACCAAUUUUCUUGAAAGCAUCAAAUCCAUGGAUGUUUCAGUUAACGCACCUCGAAUCGACAGAAUGGUCGAAUUUUCUCCAAACAAUGAUGUUUUUGUUCCCACUCGUAGAGCUUCAAUAACCUCUGCACAAGGAUCAUCCUCACCACCAUGUGACCGUUCAAUCAUGAAAGACAAAUGCAUGGUGCAAGCAAUUGAUACGUCUGCCAAGCAAAACUCAAACUCUCCAACUGAAUGGCAAGGGUCAGGCAGUGAGUGCUCAGACCAAAAUGCAACUGCUGGUGCAUCAAGCCGUACAUCAUCGGACCUCCGACGGCGGCGUUUCGACACAUCAUCACAAAAACAACGAGCCGAGGCAUUAGAAGGGCUUCUUGAAUUUAGUGCAAGAUUGUUACAAGAGGAAAGAUUUGAAGAACUUGGUGUGUUAUUGAAACCAUUUGGACCAGGGAAGGUUUCUCCUAGAGAAACUGCUAUUUGGCUGACUAAAAGCUUGAAGGAAAAUACUUUGAAGCAGGAGGAGCAAUUUCAAUGAUGAAAUGAAAUCAGAUUGUUAUGUUAACAAAUUAUCAUUUCUGUAAUAUGCAUAGACUUAAGUAAAUUAGUAAUAUAGCAGGUAAUGGUGACAGAUACGGAUACGUUAGAUGAGGGUUAGAAUUAUUUCUCGAAUCUCUUGUACCAGAUACUGAUGCCGGCAUGUAGUCUAAUGACCUUAGGCUUUAAUCUUUGUAUGUUUCUCUCUUAAAAAUCUUUUCUUUGCCGUCUUGCGAUUCUGACA